AGAGGAAAGAAACUAAACACAUGAACACGUCCUGAGAACCAGAACUCAGACCCAACUGAACUCCAAUGUGUGGCGUUUUUGGACCUUCAGACAUAAACCUGAUGGAUUUCUGGACGUUGUCCUGCUUUGGACUCCUGAGCGAAGCAGGAACUUUGAGUUGGAUCCGUUUUCUGCUGCAUUUCCUCCUCAUCAGAGGCAGCAGAUCAGCAGCCGCCGCCAUGUCGGAUGUUGUUUUGGAAAGCCAAAGGAAUGCAAUCAGACUGAGUCGGGACCUGAAGGUACUGAAGAUUAUAUUGGUGAAAACCCAGUAGCGUGGUGAACCAGAGUCAGAACCACCUGAUCCAGUCCAACCAGCUAAUCGGGAACACGCAGGUGAGUCUCGACUCAUCCCCCAACAUCUGCACCUUUCCUCACUGACGGUUUGCUCUGCAGACAAACGGAGACGAGGAAGAAUCCGCCCAAGGCUCCCGAAGGUAAAACCAAAGACGGAGAACGUCCCCAAUGCUGCUGUGGUGACUUUACACCAGAACAACUCAAAUCGACCAACAUCUGGAGGUUAAAGGUUUUGGCUUCAUCAUGUCCAGUAAAGGAAGAAACUUGGCAGAGGUGAGGAACCUCCUUCAGUCCUGCAAUGGAUUCAGCUCAGAGCAGACCAAGCAGUUCUAUGACAGCGAGGAGGAAACGUACGUAAAACCUGAAAGACUGAAACCCCUGCAGGACUUUGUGGAUACGUUGGCGUUCCGCGCUCCACAUCAGCUCAUUGAUCUCCUGGUGGCCAACUUCUCCGGAGACCGAGGGACAGUUUGGGUUCUGGAUGUGGCCUGCAGCACCGGACUGGUGGCUAAACUGAUGUUUAAGUUGGGAUUCAGGAACUUUGUUGAAGUGGACUGCAGCGAACGAAUGUUGGAGGAAGCUGCAAAGACCAAACUCUACCAGGAGCCCCAACAAGCCCUGCUGGGAACAGAACCACUUCCUGCUCAGACUGGUACGUUUGAUCUCGUGAUUCUGGUCGGGGGCCUCGGCGUUGGUUUUGCUCCAGUCAGCGUAAUCAGGGAGCUCUGCGACGCAGCCAAACCAGGAGGUUUAAUCUGCUUGGCGAGAGGCAACCACAGUUCAGCUGAGAAAGAGUUUGGUACAAAUCUGGAGGGAGAGCUGCAGCUGCUGGAGGAUGGCGGGCUGUGGAGUCGAGUCGCCGUCCAAAAGGUGGAGCGCUACAUGCUGGACCCUCAGGUGGAGGCCAGCAGGCGGGACGAGGGCCCGGUGUACAUCACCGGGAGCCUUUACCUCUACCAGAAGACCUGCAGCUCAGACGUAAACAGCCAGAACAAAAAAUAUGAUGUGAACAGCUACUAUUUACUGUUAGAAACUAAUAAAACAGGAAUGCCACUUGUUAGAGAUUUUUUAGUUAUCAUUUUUAUUAUUACUUUAGAUCAAUAUUCAGUCUAAUGUUAAUCAAUAUUCAGUCUAAUGUUAAUCAGUAGUGAUGUGAUGUGCUAAAACUUUUUGAUCGCCGUGUUGAUUAUCUGUGUUCCUGUGAACUGAUUGUUCCCUCCACCCUUGGAAGAAAUGGCUCUCAAGGGAAAGAGCCUGAUGACCUGAGUGUUAGAUGGAGCUGCCAUCUGUUUUAUCUUUCCUGACUUUUGUUUUCCCAAACAAAAGGCUCUGGCAGAGAGAGGGCAGAACGCUCUGUGAACGACUCGGAGGAGCAGUUUGCUGAGUUUUCUCCUUUUGCAAGCGUUUGGCCAUAAAAUUCAUAUACGUUGUCUGUGGUUCUUUUAAGUAGGUUCAAGAAAAAUACCUAUCAUUUUUGGUGCCGAAACCCAGGAUCUCUCAUACCCGAUCACUGUCAGGCAGAGGAAGACGCGCUGAAACCGUGCACGGCCAGAGUCAACAGGACCUGGGAAGAAAGAUCCAGGAGGCAAAAUUCUUCGCUGGGUCAGCGACGUAGACUUUGUCUGCCAACGGCGGAGUGAUGAGAUCCAACAGGAUGACACGAAAACGACAGAAACGUAGGUGAAUUUUAAAGAGCUAUAUCUAGAGGUUUGAGAAUCCUUGUCAAAUGGCGUUUUGGCUAAAAAUCUGUAAAGUUCUUAGGAAAGAAGAGGUGCUUCUAAAGCCCCUCUCUGAUUGAGGAGACCCCAUAAGGGCAGAUCCUCAUGCGGAUAGGAAGUUUUGUCAUUGCUGCUUUGUUGAUGUGUGUGAAUGAAGGAGUGAAUGGUGCUUCUCUCUCUUCUCCCUCUCUCAAUGAUAUAAUCCUAGGUUGGAUGUUCCUUUGGUUGAUUUCAGCCUCUAAAUUUGGAUUAUUUCAAUCUUCUUUUAGUGUAUUUAAGUAAAUUAAAGUCAGUUUGUUUAUUUUUUAAAUGUUAACUUUUUUUAUUUUUUAACUAAGGACCAGUUACAUUUCUGCAGCAGUUAAGUCCCGUUCAUGGACAAAUAAGGGCACUUCCUGGUCAUUAUCUAACAUCCGUGAGGCCACAAGGGGGCGGAGUCUCCUCCUGAAGGACCAUUUCAGGGAGGAGAGGAGGCUGCAGGGAUGUCUCACUCCAACCACAUUUCUGAAGACGACAGACACCGAUCACCAACGCAAACACUCUCCAUAAAAAUGAUUUUAACAAAAUAAAAAUACCUUUUUACAAAUUAAAUAUAAGUAAGAAGAGAGGGUUUAUAUCAAGCAUGUCUCAAAUAAAUCAAUAAUCUACAAAUUGAUCAAAGACUGGAGCUGUAUUGUCAAAGAAUUGUCUAUUUUUUUUAUUAUUUUUGUCAGGAAAGCUGAAAAUGAUAGAAUCACUCUUUCAUACAAACAAGCUCUUGUGAAAACGUUCCUCCCCUUUAUGAUCAAAUAAAUAUCAAUAUUGGGUCAAGAUAACCUGAAUGAAUAUAAAAAGCUGUUUUCAAAUGAUGAUUUAAUUUAUCAUGGGGGAAAACUCUAUCCAAAUCAAUCCUGGCUUUAAGGAAAAAAGUGAUAGCCCAAUUGUGUAAUCAGAAAUUACCUAAAGCUUGUCAGUAAAUAUAACAAGUGUUGUUCUGUUGUUUAUAGAAAAGUAUAAUCUCAAGUUUUAGAAAAAUAAAAGCAGAAAACAAAAACAUAAUUUUGUAUAUUGUCUUUUCUAUUAACUUCCUGAGGGGAUUAAAAUAAAUGUUAAUACAAUUAAUAUUAAUGUG